CGAUGCGCAUCGAAGAGCUCGUUCUCGACGGCUUCAAGUCCUACCCCGUUCGAACUGUAAUCACCGGAUGGGACUCUUCGUUCAAUGCUAUCACCGGCCUCAAUGGCUCGGGCAAGUCUAACAUCCUCGACGCUAUAUGCUUCGUUUUGGGAAUCACGAACAUGACCUCGAUGCGAGCACAGAACCAACAGGAUCUCAUAUACAAACGUGGCCAAGCUGGAGUGACAAGAGCUAGCGUUACCAUCGUCUUCGACAACUCGGACAAAGCUGCAAGUCCCCCUGGCUUUCAAGAAUAUCCCCAGAUAACGGUGACCCGUCAGAUUGCCCUUCCUAACCUCUCGAAGUACCUUCUCAAUGGCCACAAGACUCAGCAGCAAACCGUCCAAUCACUUUUCCAGAGCGUGCAGCUCAACAUCAACAAUCCGAACUUUCUCAUCAUGCAAGGGCGAAUCACCAAGGUCCUCAACAUGCGGCCACCUGAGAUUCUCGGAAUGGUCGAAGAAGCUGCCGGUACCCGCAUGUUCGAGGAACGAAAGGAGAAAGCGAUCAAGACAAUGGCCAAGAAGGAGAAACGCGUCGAAGAGAUCACUUCCCUGCUAAACGAGGAGAUCAUACCCAAGCUUGACAAGCUACGACAGGAGAAACGUCAAUUCUUGCAGUGGCAGAAAGCGUGCACAGAGCUCGAAAACAUCGGACGCAAACUUCGGGCAUGGGAAUGGACGGACGCUAACGAACGAGUAGAGCGCAAGGAAGUCGAGAUCGAACAGAAGAAGGAAGAGGCGGUGAAGGUGAAGAAGGACAAGGUGAAGAUUCUGAAGGAGGUCGAGGCCGCAGAGAAGGACGCGAAGGAAGUCCAGGCGCAGAGAGAUAGGGAGAUGAAAAAGGGCGGAAAGUUAAAGAAGAUGGAGGAAGAAGUAGCCGCGCUCGACAAGGAGUUAACGAAGAUGCGAACUCAGGUCGAGCUUCAGGAGAAGAGCAUCACAGAGGAGGAAGGCAAGGCAGUUGACGCGCGUGAUGCUUUGAAGCUGCUUGAGGACGAGAUGGCUCACAAAAAAGCCGAGGUCGAGAAACUUACGGCCGCUCAUGCGAAGGUCAAGGAGCAGCACAAGACGGCCGAGGAUUCCCUUGCAAGCGCGGAGGAUCUACUUCAAACGUUGCUCACCGGUCUUACUACGGGUGGUACGAAGAACACUGGCGGUGGAUACAUGGGACAGCUCGCUGAUGCGAAGGCUCGCUUGAGCCAGGCGGCGACAGAGGAGGAGCAGAACCGUGUCAAGUUGGGGAUGAGGCAAAAGGAACUCAAGGAUUUGGAGGCACGGUGGAAGACCGUCGAGAGAGAAGCCGGAGAAGCGACGCGUAAUCUGGACGCAAUGAAGGUCGACGUAGAGAAAUGCCGCAAGAAGUUGGCGGAAUGUGGCUGGACUGCAGAGAAGGAGCAGGAGCGGGAGACUGCCAUCAGGACGGCCAAGGCGCAGAUCGACUCGCUCACGGAGGAACGCGAUCUUGCGAAACAACGCCUCUCGCAGCUGGACUUCAACUAUUCCCUUCCUUAUCCAAAUUUCGACACCUCCAAGGUCAAGGGCCUCGUGGCCUCUCUGAUCUCCUUGGACCCCAAGGAUUACAACAAGGCGACUGCUCUCGAGAUCGCCGCUGGCGGGAGGCUCUACAACGUCAUCGUCGCGGAUGAGAAUGUCAGCAAGGAUCUGAUCAACAAAGGCCAGCUCAGGAAGCGUGUCACCAUUCUUCCUCUGAACAAGAUCGACGGCCAUGUUGUCCCCAUCAUGAAAGUCAAUGCUGCGAAAUCCGCACGGCCUGGAAAGACCAACCUUGCCCUCGAACUCGUCGGCUACGACGCCGAACUCGAGAACGCCAUGAAGUUCGUCUUCGGCGGUACCAUCGUCUGCGAAGAUGCCGAAUCAGCGAAAUACGUCACUUUCAGUGUUGGUGGUAUCCGUUCCGUGACCCACGCAGGGGAUGUCUAUGACCCCUCUGGAACGUUAAGUGGGGGAGCUGCGCCUAGUGGCAGCGGCAUCCUUGUUCGUGCCCAGGACCUUCAGGCGGUCGAAAGGAAGUUGAAGGUAGCAAGAAGUCAGUAUGACAAUCUUCAGCGUGAGGAGCAACGCUUGAGCAACGUGCGCGAUGCAUGGCGGCAGCUGUCGAGAGACCUGGAGAUCAAGGAGCAUCAGCUCAAGCUCUUGGAAGAACAACUCGGCGGCAGCAAUGCAAACAGGAUCAAGUCGCAGAUUGAGGAGCUGAAGACCACGAUUGCCGAGAUCCAGGCGGCACUCGCUGCUGCCCAGGAGAAACAGAAGGCAGCGAAGGCAGAAUGCAAGAAACUCGAAAAAGACAUGGAGGAGUUCAAGAACAACAAGGAGGGCAAGACCGAAGAACUCAAGGCGGACAUCCAGAAGCAAAAGGCUGCCCUCCAAAAGCAGGCCGUCGGUGUCAAGACGAAACAGAAGGACAUGGCGGCCGCUACCCUGGAACUUGAGGGAUUCGAAAAGGAUCUCGACAGAGCACGGGAAACGAUCGCCUCGACAGACAGCGGAGUUGAAAAACUGCGCAAAGCACUGAAGAAGCUCUCGGACUCCCUCAAGGAAAGCGAGGACGCAUAUGCAGAAGCGGAACGUCAAUUGCAGGAAGAACGUGCAAGCCUCAGUCGUUUCGACAAUGAGCUCGCGGACCUUGAGCGAGUGAUCAAGGCGAAGAAGGAGGCUGCCUCAGAGGCCGACCUGAACGUUCAGAAGUUGGAACAUGCUCAGCAGGCGCUAACGAAGGAGAAGGAGACUGCUGCCAAGUUCGUCACGAACCUUGAGAAACAGUACGAUUGGCUUGCAGAGGAAAGCCAUCUGUUCGGCAAACCCGAUACACCGUACCAUUUCGGCUCCAUGGACGUUGGCGCUCUUCAGGCUAGAGCCCAAGAAUUGGAACAAUACCAGGGCGGCAUGAAGAAGAAAGUGAACCCAAAGGUACUCAACAUGAUUGAAAGUGUCGAGAAGCGAGAAGCUGGUUUGAAGGAAAAUCUGGCUAGGGUUAACACAGACAAGACGAAGAUCGAAAAGACCAUUGGAGAACUGGAUCGGUACAAGCGUGAAGCACUUCACACGACGUGGGAGAAAGUGAAUGGUGAUUUCGGGGGAAUCUUCGCAGAACUUCUACCAGGCAACUUCGCCAAGUUGCAACCUCCAGACGGCCAAGACCUUAUGGAUGGUCUGGAGAUCAAAAUCCGUCUCGGCAGCGUCUGGAAGCAAAGCCUGACAGAGCUUAGCGGAGGUCAACGAUCUCUCAUUGCUCUCUCACUGAUCAUGGCUCUCCUGCAGUUCAAACCCGCGCCAGUCUAUAUCCUCGACGAAAUUGAUGCCGCCCUUGAUCUCUCACAUACCCAGCACAUCGGGACGUUAUUCCGGACUCGUUUCCGCGGUGCUCAGUUCAUUGUUGUCUCCCUCAAAGAAGGCCUUUUCAACAACGCCAAUGUCCUCUUCCGUACACACUUCAGAGACGGCACUAGUAUCAUCACACGAACGGGAGAAAGGAGUAAUUCGACACUGUAUGCCAACGAGAGAAAUCGAGCGAGAGCUUCAUAGAGAUGAUUGCUGGCUACUCAUCUGUCUUUUCGUUUGUGGUCUUUUUUCGUCAGGAAUGUAGUUGUUUUGUAUUGGUUUCGUCUUUGAGCUCGUUCUUCCAUGAUUUCUCUCUGCCGAUUGUGCGCCUGUAUCUUGUAUCCUCUUCAUUUGUUGCUAUCUAUCAUAUUCUCUCACACCUGCUAUUCAUCGGCACCUUUUCAC